CGUUGCUGAGGAAAUUGGACAACUUCCCGGGAGCGGUCAACCCGAACAACGUGCAGUUGGCGGAGGAGAUCAAACAAACACUCUCCCAAAUCAAGGUCCGAUUGCAACGGUUCCUACCAUCCCAUACGGCGGAGGACGUACCUCAACAACCUGCGGCCCAACAACCAGCACACCAUCAAGAGGAGAGGACCGUUCGCCGUCCACGACAGGUGCGAUUCGCCGACCACCGCCCUAUUCACUUCUCCCGUCGUCGAUGUUCGACCCGACGCCCACGCAUACUGAUUACGCCACCCAGGAGCGUCGCAGACGUUACAGCGAAUCUCGAUCAUCUACGAGCAGCAUUUCAACACAAUCUCACAAUUCAAGACAGGAGAGCUUAAGAGCGCAAGAAACAAAUCCUAAGAACAUGGCUCAAUGUCCUUCCCCUAGUAGAGCAGCUACAGCUAGAGAUCUUGAUGAUCUCCAGAAUAAUCAGCAUACCUUUUCCCGUUUGCAGUUACUUCCUUCGUUUUCCGGAAGUCCACUUACGCGUUUCGACUCUUGGCUAGAAUCUUUCGAAGCUAUAGUAGACACAUCAGGAUGGUCAGGAGAGAAAAUUGUCCAAAUGCUUCGUGCUAAGUUAACAGACAGAGCUUUUUCCGUCAUUCAGGCCAUUUUGAAAGAUCUUCCGCAUGAUUAUGAUUCGGUCAAAGAAGCUUUGCUCGAUCAUUUUCACGGCGACGAAAAUGUUGAUUUAUAUCUUAAGAAAUUUAACAAAGCUAAGCGUAAGCCAGGAGAAAAGAUCGUUGAUUAUGCCCUUCGACUUCAGGAAAUUUUCAAGCGUGCAUAUCCUGUAGCUCACUCUGAGAAGUCUUUUGCAAUCAUUUUAAUGCAGAAAUUUAUUGAAGGCUUAGAUCCCAAACUACAGACAAAAGUUAAAUAUAAGGACUUUAAGGAUUUUGGCGAACUAGUUACUUCAACACGGAAGUAUGCUAGUAGACUAGAAGCGUUAGAAACAGAUCGUGAAAGGCAGAAGUUUAUUCGGUCUAGUGAUGGCACACAUGGCACCAAUAGCGCAGAAUUGACAGAGCUUAAACAAAUGAUAGUAGAUCAGAAAGAAAUGAUGAUGUAG